CAAAAUUGUCAGUGAGAAGAAGAUGAAACUGCUAUGACUGGUUGUGUCUGCCCUGGGCUGUGACAGGCUGUGGAGUUUUAGAAAGAUCAGUAUGGCAAAAUGCUUGAUCAAGAUCCGGACUCGACGAAGCCUCCACCUGCACAUGAUAAACCACUGCAGCAGUAAUGUGUUCGUCCGUCUGCUGAAACAUGGCUCCAAGGUCACAGCUCGAAAUGCUGGUUCCCCUUUGCCUAAAGUAGAUGGUUCUGCCCCCUUGAUUGCCAGUUCACCAGUGAAGGAAGCUCAGGAGUACACAGAUCCUCCAAGAGAAGAGGCAGAUAAAAUAAAAGAUCCUUUGGUCGUCUCUGAACUAGCAUACAACCCAAGUGCCAGCCUGCUCCCUACCCCAGUGGAUGACGAUGAAAUCAACACGCUCUUUGACUGUCCAUCUAAGCUCGAGUUGGAAAGAGAAGACACAGAUUCAUUUGAGGAAGUGGAAACAAAUGAAAAUGCCUUUUUGAUGGCUGAAGAGGAGAUGAAGGAAGUUCAUCAAGCCUUUUUUUCCUUUUCCAUUCUGACCAGCCAUAUUCGCGUCAACCCCCUGGUCAAGAGUAUCUCCAGGCUCCUUGUGGUGGGCCUGGGACUGAUAUUCUUUGUAUUUCCCCUGUUUCUCCUCCUUUUGGAGUCAGGUAUUGAUCUCUCCUUCUUAUGA